UUGAAUAGCGGCCAUCUUAGCAAGUGGUACUGACAGGAGGAGCUGAGAGAAAAGGAUGGCGCUGCUGCUGUGAUUCCUAGCUAGGGAGGCAGGACAGAGACGCGGCUCUUGGAGGUGAAAGAACCUGCAGAUAUUCCGGGGUGGUGAGCCCCCAGAGGUGACAGUGGAGACGGAGAUGUACCGCCCUCCCAAAAAGGCUUGUGCAACUACUAAGCAGUGAGAAAUCCUGACAGGAUCCCAUCAGGAGAGAUGGAGUAAUCAAAAGGGGAUGAACUCAGAAUACAGACAGCGGGAUCCCGAUGGUCAGAAUCCCAACAGAUCCUGAAGUCAGAGUUGUGCUCAGAGCUGUAUGCUGACAGACAAUCCCUUUGUGCUGAGAAGAAUGCUCUCUUCAGCCUCCCCCACUCUAGCUGAAGAAACAUGCAACCAAUCAGACAGCCAAGUUCCACAAAUGCUCGCCUCUGAUUGGCCAGAUGAGAAAGGGCAUUAAGAACAAAGAGAAGUCCUAUCAGUGUGAAUCCCAGAUGUAAAACUGAGAGGAGGGAAGACUGUCGAGAAAGGAAAAAAAGUGGAAACAUUUUGAUGUUUUUCUGCUAGCAAGGAAUAUUGUCAAUUACAUGGUUACCUUCUGGUCGGGAUACAUGACUUGCUUUCUCCUUCAUCAUUCCUGGCAUUUAAGUAAAAUGAAGGAUCGAGCUGGUACAGAUUGUAUGGUUUGUCGGAUUCUAUCUUGGUGGCCUUAUUAGCUGAAAAAUGGCAAAAAGGGAGUAAAAAGGAGGUGAAUUAUCAGCUAAAGUCACAUUUGGACAAUUACUGGAAUACCUAGGACAAAAGACUUAACUUUUCCUGGUACAUCAAUUGGAUUUGCUUUAGAUGCUUUUAUUUUAGUUCAUUAUUUUUUUAUUUUUUUUAUUAAUAAAAAUUGGGACACCAACCCACAUAAAAAAACGAAUGUCCACUCUUCUCCAAAAGCAAGUUCAUGGGAAUGUAAUACCACCCAUUUUAUCUUCAGGAUGUCAGUGAGCACUUCAACUAUAGGGAAAGGUGUGGAUCCAAGUGCGGUUGAUGCCUAUGACAGUGGUGAUGACUGGGAAAUUGGUGUGGGAAAUUUGAUUAUUGAUUUGGAUGCUGAUUUGGAAAAGGACAGACAGAAAUUUGAGAUGAGUAAUCCGACAAACAGCAACUGUGCUUCCAAGGACAGUGGACAUUGCUUGGCAUCCAGUGGACCAGUUAACUCUACCUCCUCUAGAUUAGCUGACAGCCUCAAAUUUGCUUCUGUGCAGCAGCCAUCUGGCCCCCAAGGGAACAGCCACAAAGAGACUAGCAAAUCAAAAGUGAAAAGGAGUAAAACUUCUAAGGAUGUUAAUAAGUCAUUGCCUUCUGCAUCUUUGUAUGGGAUUCCUGAGAUAAGCAGUGGCACUGGCAAAAGACAGCAGGAGACCGGACGCCUUGGGGAGGUCACAGCAUCAGUUGGCAUGAGUGCAGCACUGGGCCACAACACUAAUGGAGUUGGCCUUACUGCAACUACUACUUGUGGAAAAAAUGUAAAAGAGGAAAGAACUGGAAGCAAAAGCCAAAGCACCAGGGGCUCAAAGAGGGAUAAGGAUUCCGGAAAGUCUAGAAAGGACAACAGUAAUAAAUUGUAUGACCUUGGGCAUUCCAACACUGUGGUGAAUAACCAAGCAGUGGUGCAUUUGUAUGGAUUUGGAGCUGGAAAGCCCCCUGGGAAUGGCAACCCUUUUCACUGUGGCAAUAGCCUUGUAGGGGAAUUGGCUAAAAGUGCAGUUGAUUCAGGAAUUAUGGGGAACUCUGUAUUGGCUAGAAAAGAAGAUGAAGAUGAGGAAAACCACAGACGGAGCAAGAAGUUGAAAACAGAAAAGGUUGACCCCCUGUUUACAGUGCCUGCCCCUCCGCCACCACCAGUUUCUUGCAGCAUCUCAUCUCAGAUUCUGCCAUCCUACUUUUCACCAUCUUCAACUAUUGCUGCACCAGUAGAGCAGCUUUUAGUACGGACUCGAUCAGUUGGUGUAAACACGUGUGAUGUUGGAAUAGUAACAGAACCUGAAUGCCUUGGACCUUGUGAACCUGGCACCAGUGUCAACUUGGAAGGAAUUGUCUGGCAUGAAACUGAAGAAGGUGUCUUGGUUGUGAAUGUCACAUGGCGGAAUAAAACAUACGUUGGUACUUUAUUGGACUGCACAAAACAUGACUGGGCUCCCCCGAGGUUUUGUGAUUCUCCAACAAGUGACCUUGAAAUGCGUGGUGGUCGUGGUAGAGGAAAGAGGGCAAGGUCCACAGCAACAGCAGUUGCUCCAGGCACUGAUACAAAUUUUAUAGAAUCAAGAGGACUUCAAAACAAAAACAGAGGUGGGGCUAAUGGGAAAGGGAGACGUGGAAGUAUUAAUACAAGUGGGCGCCGGACACCACCAAACUGUGCCAUGGAGGAUGUUAAAGCAAGUCCCUCACCUGUUGGUAAAAGAAAAAACAGGCCUCCAAUGGA